AUGGAUUCUCUCACGUCCUAUCUUCCUCCAAUUGUCCAGGCGCAUCCUGCUGCUAGCUUGGCAAUUAUAGGAGCUAUAGCAUAUAUCACACAUGGACUUGGGUUGGUGAUCUACAGGCUGUAUUUCUCGCCUUUGGCGGGCUUCCCAGGCCCGAAGAUUGCGGCUGCUACCCAUUGGUAUGAAUUUUAUUACAACUUUUGGUUGCAAGGAAAAUACAUCUAUCAGAUUGAGAAGAUGCAUAAGAAAUAUGGGCCAAUUGUUCGGAUAAAUCCUGGCAUUCUGUGCAUCAAUGAUCCUGAUGCUUACGACGAGAUAUAUGUCUCUGAGGCCAAACGCAAGACAAAUAAUUACCAACCCUUCAGCCAGGGUUUGGGCUUCGAUGGAUCUCAUUUCUUGACCGAAGAACAUGAUCUCCACCGACGCAGGAGAAAGCCAUUAGAGCCAUUCUUCUCUCGUUCGGGUAUUCUCCGUCUUCAGCCUCUGUUGGCCGAGACAAUCGAGAAACUCGAUUCACGCUUUGCUCAAGCUACAGGCACUGGAACUGUGAUCCGUCUAGAUCAUGCCUUUUUUGCCAUGUCCGGUGAUGUGGUUGGCAAAUUGUGCUGGUCCGAAAAGGAGGACUUUUUGGAUGAGCCUAACUUUUCUCCUGGAUGGUACAAUCUCAUUCAUGGUAUCAUCAAAUCUAUCUAUCUUUUUCAGAUGUUCCCAUGGAUUGCGCAAGCUGCCAACAGCCUGCCUAAAUUCCUAAUUGCUCGAUUAUUACCCCAGGCUUUGGUCUUUGAUGAUUUUGACAGGAUGACCUUACGAAAUGUAGCUGUCGCAAAACAGGCCAAACUGGACAAGUCUGAGCGUGACCCCUUCAGACGAAAGUAUCCGUCUCUUUUCCACUGGAUUGUCAACAGUGAAAUGCCUGAAUCGGAGCUGGAUGACCAGCGUCUCGCUAAUGAGGCGCAGGUUAUCAUGUCAGCCGGUAGCACCAGUACUGCUCGCACAUUGAGCCAUAUUACAUGCCACAUCCUGUCUCGGCCGGAUAUUCGGAAACGACUCGGUGAAGAACUUGCUCAAACUAUGGCAGACUGGCCGGCAAAGAUUCCUACAUGGGUAGAGCUUGAGGAAUUGCCGUAUUUGCAGGCCUUGAUCAAAGAGGGUCUACGACACAGCUAUUCAGUAAUGCACCCUCUGCCACGAGUUUCACCAGACGCUCCUAUUGAAUAUAGGCAAUGGACCAUUCCUCCUGGUGUCGCUGUUGCCAUGUCACCUUACUUGAUGCACACCGAUACAUCGGUAUACUCCAAGCCGUUCGAAUUCAUGCCCGAACGUUGGUUAGAUGAAAACUUCAACCAGGAUAUGAUGCGCAACUUUGUUCCGUUUGCAAGAGGCUCCCGCAGAUGUCUCGGUCAAAACCUGGCGAUGGCAGAGCUCAGUCUUGCACUCGCGGUGUUUUUCAGACCUGGUGGUCCUCGUCUAGAGCUCUUUGAGAGUGAUACGUCUGACACAAAUCACGUCCAUGAUUAUGUGGUGCCAUUGCCGAGAUUGGAUACCAAGGGUAUUCGCGUCACGGUGAAUUAG